AUGCGCACGCUGUCCACCUCUGCUGUCCGCAAGGACCUGAUCAAGGACUUGUACUUGCGCGAGCUCAAGUCGUACAAGCCGCCGACCAAGGGAAACGUGCGCGAGUUCCCUUCGGCGCCUAAUCCCGAAGCGCCGUCGGCGCCGUCUUCUGCCGAGCUCUCUUCGCAGCUCGAGGCCUACGUCAAGCAGCAGCCUGACGCUGCACAGCCCACAGCCAAUACAGGGGAGUCUACUUCCGAGAGUCAAGACAUUAACGCCUACCUCGAAGAGCUCCAGGCCGACGUCAAGGUCGAGGCACACCACUAA